AAAAUUAGAGCUGAGCGCCGCCACCAAACGAAGCUUAACCAACGCUUACUUAUCCAUUUCUCCUUCACUAUACCACUUCCAAUUUCCCUUUGGUGUCACUGAUCUUCUCCAUCGAUCUUUACCAAGAAAAUGAGCUGGUGGUGGGCUAGAGCUAUUGGCGCUGCCAAGAAGAAACUCGAGGAAGAUGAGCAGCCGAGAAGCUUUCAGAGUGUGGGACUGGUGAUUGGCGUGACUGGCAUUGUGGGCAACAGCCUAGCCGAAAUUCUCCCUCUCUGUGACACCCCAGGUGGGCCAUGGAAGGUCUACGGCGUGGCGCGCCGUCCUCGUCCCGACUGGAACGCCGACCACCCGAUUGAGUACAUCCAGUGCGACGUCUCGGACCCGGAGGAUACCCAAGCCAAGCUUUCUCCCUUGACCGAUGUCACCCACAUCUUCUACGUCACCUGGACCACCCGACCGACCGAGGCCGAGAACUGCGAGGCCAACAAGGCCAUGUUCCGCAACGUGCUCCUUACGGUGAUUCCGAACGCGCCGAGUCUCCGCCACGUCUGCCUUCAGACGGGAACCAAACAAUACCUCGGACCCUUCGAGUCGUUCCGCAAGUUUCAAACGCACGAUCCUCCUUUCACGGAAGACUUGCCUCGUUUGGACGCCCCGAAUUUCUAUUACACUCUCGAAGAUGUUCUGUUCGAGGAGGCCGACAAAAAAGAGGGCUUGACAUGGUCCGUUCACAGACCCAACUCCAUAUUUGGAUUCUCGCCGUAUAGCUUGGCGAACAUCAUCGGCAUGUUUUGCGUGUACGCCGCUAUAUGCAAGCACGAGCGGGUUCCCUUGAAAUUCCCCGGCACGAAAGCGGCGUGGGACGGUUACUGGGUGUCUUCCGACGCCGAUCUUAUUGCCGAGCAGCAGAUAUGGGCGUCAGUGGAUCCAAAUGCGAGGAACGAAGCAUUUAACUGCAACAACGGGGACGUGUUCCGGUGGAAACACUUAUGGAAGGUGUUGGCUGAGCAAUUUGGGAUUGAUGAUUAUGGGUUGGACGAGGGUGAGAAAGUAGUAAGCUUGGUGGAGAUGAUGAAAGACAAGGAUGCUGUCUGGGAGGAGAUUAUAAGGGAAAAUCAACUGCGACCUCGAAAGUUAGAGGAAGUUGGGAUGUGGGUUUUGGUGGACCUCUUGUUUGGAGGGGAAUCUCCGGUGGAUUGUAUGAACAAAAGCAAGGAGCAUGGAUUCUUGGGGUUCAGGAACUCCAAGAAUUCCUUCAUUUCCUGGAUAGAUAAGUUGAAAAGCUACAAGAUUGUGCCUUGAGAUCAAGUGAAGUCAUGAAUAGGCCAAUGUUUCUAGAGUUAUCUGUUUCAUCUUUGUCGCGAAUUGAAUGUUCUGCUGCUCAUGUUCUUUAAUAAUGAAAGCAUGAACGAAAACUGUAUCUUAUUGCA